CACCUCCUCGGGGAAGUGGGGAGAGGAGUCGUGCUGCGCAUGGGGGCCCGGGAAGGGUUGGGCUGCGGGCGUCUGGGGUGACCAUGAAGUAAUGUAGCGCUGGGGUGCGGGGACGGGGUGCGGAACGCUCAUCUAGGUGCGGUUCCCUCCACGAGGGAACUUGGGGGUAGUAGCAUUUCUUUCAGACAGCAAGGAGUUGGGUCCAGGUGGGCAGGGGAACCUGCGGUUCACUGCUGAGCCGACCUGGGCUCCCGAGAACGGCCCGGCCUCUGGAUCUGACUUUGGGGUAGGACAGUGAGUUGUGGGGCGUCCAGCCUCCCUGCGGAGUCUGAAGGCUCCUCUCCUUAACAGCUGGGCUCUUUCCCUCCUUCCCAAUUGAGUGGGCGCCAAGCCCCCGAGUGCUCGUCACGCUGGACCCUGGCGCGGAGCCCUGGCAUCACGACUCGGAGGCCGAGACUCUCUCCUGGAGUCACCCAGGUCUGCUGUGUGUCGUGUGGGGGAGAUGGAGCCGCCUCAGUGUGUGGAGGAGCUGGAGGAUGAUGUGUUCCAGCCAGAGGAUGGGGAGCCGGGGACCCAGCCUGGGAGCUUGCUGUCUGCUGACCUGUUUGCCCAGAGCCAGCUGGACUGCCCCCUCAGCCGUCUGCAUCUCUUCCCUCUCACCCACUGCUGUGGCCCUGGGCUUCGACCCACCAGCCAGGAAGACAAGGCCACCCAGACCCUGAGCCCGGCCUCCCCGAGUCAGGGUGUCAUGCUGCCUUGUGGGGUGACUGAAGAACCCCAGCGACUCUUUUAUGGCAACGCAGGCUACCGGCUCCCUCUCCCUGCCAGUUUCCCUGCAGGCUUGCCCCUUGGGGAGCAGCCCCCAGAAGGGCCGUGGCAACAUCGAGCAGAGGUACAGAUUGCCCGAAAGCUUCAGUGCAUUGCAGACCAGUUCCACCGGCUUCACAUGCAGCAACACCAGCAAAACCAAAAUCGAGUGUGGUGGCAGGUCCUGCUUUUCCUACACAACCUCGCUUUGAACGCAGAUGAGAACAGGAAUGGGGCAGGUCCCAGGUGAGGCUGGGCUGCCCUCUUCAUAACGGGGCACCAGAGGAAGGACAUCGGCGAGGACUGACACUGUGUCUUGUGAAGUUUAUUCAUUGCUGUUUUGCGUUUGCAUUUGCAAAGUUUCUAUCUGUGUACAUAAGACAUACCCCAAGCCGGACCUCUUUCCCUGUUCAGGACCUCGACCAGGAAUGAGGGCCUUUGUCAAACACUGUUGAAGUAGAGGCUGAUGGGUCUGUGAUGUGGGACCUCCCAGGGCUCUGACAAGUCGAGUCUUCAGUGAGCGGUUGUUGAAGAUGACCCGGUAGGGGCCCCUCCGGCGAGCAGACUGUAGUUUUCCCGCAGGGGCUUGGUUAAGAAGUAGGAGACUGGAUUAGACUCCUGGUCCGCCAACGCCAUCAGCCUUCCACCGCGGACGGACAGCCCGAGAUCUGCCAGUCACACUGCUUGAACCCCCAGGGCCUCAGCCAGGGGCUUUCCAGCUGAGCAUGGCAACUUCUGCUAGGCCAGUCAGCCAGCUCCAUAUCUGGGUUCUCCUUCGGCCCAGCCAGUGCCUGCCCCAAGGGCUCAGGGAAUCUUGCCCAGCCCCUGUCAUCUCCAGCAGACCUCAGGGAGGGUUGGGUUUCUCCAUGGACCCCUCAAACGUGCCGCAAAAUGAACCAAACUUCUGGGUAGGCCUCGAGUCUUACUUGCUCCCACUCAGAGACCCCAGGACUGGUCCUGAGGUGCAGAACCCCUGGCACCUCUGGCUGCCUGGGACUGGCUGGGUGUCCACCACGGAUGAGCCAAAUAGCUGAGGAUCGUGCCAUAACCAGCAGCUUGUGCCUUUGUCAGCUCUUCUUUCAAAAGACCCAGCCAACAGACUGCUUUCCUCCCCCGAGUAUCAGCACGAAGGGGCAGGAUUACAGAGGGGCUGGGAAAUGUGGUGGCCAUCCCACCUGUAGGAGCCAGCCCCAGAGGAACCCAGACCCCUUGGUUUCCUUGGAAACAACAUACCUCCUCCCGCUUAUCCCCAUUCCUUUUUCACACCUAGUGGGAUACAGGAAGAAGCCAGCACAGUGGCUUUGUCAGCUGAAACGUGUCUUUUAGAGUAACAGACAAUGAUUAGAGUGUGGAACCGUCAAAGCUGGGUACACAUUUCCGGGCUUCCUUCAGCUUCCAACUAGGCCAGAAGGGCAUGCUCUGGAGCCCAGCAGGAUCACAGCUGCCUCUGAACUUCCCUUCUCUCCCUGCUGGGGCACUAAUGGAGAGAAUUUAAAGCAGUCAGGCUGGCAGCUCUGAUAGCAGAUGCGGGGAAUCUGAAAAGACACAGGGAGUCUGUUAACCAGACACGUAGAAAUUAAAUUAUAAUUUUUGCAUAUGUAAGAAAAGAUAACAUUGGUGCUAACACGAAGCAAGGCCCAAAGAAAUGGUGGCUUCCCUGGGCAGAGAAGACCUCAGGGCUACCCAAGGAAAUUGGAGGAGUCCAAGUAGACUCUCAAAUCUAAACAGGCCCAAGCUCCUCUGGUUGUACAGAGAGGAGGUCUUCAGGAAGCAUUAAUCUACUGGAUAUACAGUUGGGCAGGUUGUUCACUGCACAAGGGCACCUGCAGAAGAAGGUAAUGGAACUAAAAUCCAGCUCAUGCUCUGCCCAACUAGGCUAUAUGCCCUAGUUUGGGGCUACGUCUGCUCAGAGGAAGGGGUGCCCUUCCUAAUUUGCACGAAGGUGCCAUAUGGGCUCACAGUGGCCCUGAGGUGAAGGACCUCAAACUAUACAUUAGCCUUUGUUUUGCUCUGCUUGGAUGUUCUGGAGGUAUUACCUCUUCUUGGCUAGAAUUCUAUUCUCAGGGUGUGUACCAUUGUUUGUCUGCUAAGAAGAUGGGUUCCUGCUUACAAGGAGGAGCCCAGGGAACAGGUGAAGACCAGCUCCGGAACAUGCUGACCAUUGUGAAAUCCAGCCUUCUUUGCGUGUCUCCACACCAUUCUAGGAUGUGCAUUGGACAUGUGCCAUUUUGCCCUCUCCUGGACCAAGGCGGUGGCAGACAGGCUGCUGGUGUAUGCUCGAGUGGCACACAAGGAAACCAGACACUUUGAACCCCUCUUAGCAGACUUCCCACCUGAGCUGAGCAAGAGAACAAAUAAAUGGUCCAGGGCCUUGGUGCUGAGGCAAAGCCAUCAGCUUCAGAGAGCUUGCUGGGCCCAGGCAGGAUGUCCUGUGGCCUGCCCCGAGAACUGAGCCCAGAGUUUGACAAGCCCACCUAACACUGAGCCUGGGGCCGGGUGGAGGGUGGUCUGACUGUGCUGUCUCCCAUCUAUGGGAAGCCAGGAACUAUCUCACUGUCCUAAGCAAGCUGGGGCACAAUUUAAAACCUCCUCCUUCGCCCUUCCCCCCAAAACACCCAAGAGGUAAAUAGCCCCAGGAAGGAGAGAGGGAAGUUCCUCCUGGCUGGCUGGUUUUAAUUGGCCUAGUGAUCUAGACUGGCCCCUUCCCCCUCUGCCUGGUGAGUUGGUCUGAACAUUCCUCAAGUCCAGCCUCAGGAGACACAUCCCUCCCUCCAGGCUCCCUUCCCCCAUCCCCCACCCCGGGAGCAUGGCUGUCUCUAGCUAGGGGGUGGAGAAUCAGAUUUGAAGGGAGGGAGACUCUGACCUGGCUCCUGACCUGUAACCAGCAGAAGACUUGUGGAGUUUUUGUGGUUUGCCAGGGUAAGGGGUGGGAGAGGGGCUGGAAACCUCCCUCUCAUUAUAGAAAAGCCCUGGAGGGAGGAAGCCUGGUAUUCAGGGUCAAAACAGCCCAUCUAAUUCAGAACCCUAGAGUUUCUGGAAGCUGGUAGACAGAACUGGGGAGAGAACCCCACCCAGGCCAGACAUCUGACUCCCUCAGUGAGUUAGAGGACUCGGCCUGGCCUCUUUGCCUUUGCCUGCUUCAAAGUUUGGGCUGCUGGAGAGCUGUCCCCGUGGCCUUUUCUUGCUCAGGGCAAGGGAGAGAAAGAUCACCUCCCAGUGACCUCCCCAAGCCCUGAGGGGGUGUGGGUCCAUGUCCAGAGCUUACAUGUUAGGCACGCUCCAAACAUUCAGAGGGGCCCAGCUGACUUGUCUCACUGUCCCUAGUGGCCGAGCCUCAUCCAAGGUUGGCUCCAGCCUGGGCAUGGAAAGGGCUGGGGGGCUGUUGUUUGGGAUGGUCCAGACACGGCCUCCUUUGGGGGCUGGGAAGCUACUGCACCUGCCCCGGUCAGCAAGGCGCACUCUGAGAGCUGGCAAGCUUGUGUCAUUUGGUGGACUUGAUGAAGAGGGUGUAUGGAGAGUGGAGAGCAGGAAAAACAAAAAGACUUCUGCCUCGACGGCUCUGCGGGGCUUCUGGGAAUCAAUGUUCAGCCUGGGCUGUGGGAAGCUGCGGGGCCCUCUGGGUGCAGGCAGAUCCUUGGUGGGACACUGGACCUUGGCUGGACUUGGUCCAGGAAGGGGUUAACUUAUCAGCCCCUGAAGCCUCCUGGGCACACUGUGGGCAGGGGGCACCUCAGCUGGAGGGGACUUGGAGCUUUGAGGGAAUAACACAGAAAGCCAAGUUCUUCCAUAGAUGCACCAGCCUUGCAGGCCACAGGAGCUGGGAGCUGGCACCUGGGUCUGCCCUGCCCCCCUGUAUGCAUGUGUGGCCGGCGCCUCUCCCCUGCUCUGUGAGCAUCCGCCCCAUCCCUGGGACCACAGGGGCUGUCAGGGGGAGACCCAGUGAGAAUGUAGCAUUUUGUUCAGCCCAGGUUAGUUGUCCUGGGUUCCAGGCACUCUGCCUCUGGGAGAGAGACAGGGAAAGAGAGGGAGCGGAAAGGGGACCCAUUGUUUUUUAACCUGUACAGAAUAUUUGGCUUUCUGUUCUUCACAUGCAUAUAUGUGUGUGUAUAUUCUCCCCCAUCGAUUGGUACAAUUUUUAAUAAAACCAUUUAAAGCAAA